UGGAUAUAAAGCAAAAUAUGGGAGUACGGAUGGAUGGAACAGCCUUUGAGUGAUAGAUCAUGAUGUGUACUGUAGUUUCCUUAGCCGGUUCCAAGUGGAACAUAUGUAUAUGAUUGUCUGUCAUUCGCCUCGGCUCUUCCUCUCACUCUACCACCAUGAGCAAAAAAACUGACCUCCUUAUCCUUGGUGCAACAGGCAUAACCGGUCGCCAAACUGUUCGCUACCUCUGCAGCCAUCCCGAACGCUCGUCAUUCACUUUUUCUAUCGCCGGCCGCAGGAAGGAUGCUCUCAAUGCCAUCGUCGCAGAAUUUUCUCUGCCAGACUCUGUUGAUGUGCUGCAGGUCGACGUUAUGAAACCGGAUCAAGUCGAGGCCGCGGUGAAAACGACCAAGGUCGUCAUCAACACUGUGGGUCCGUUUUGGACGUAUGGUACACCGGUAGUUAGGGCCUGCGUACGGAAUGGCAUACACUACGUUGACCUCACCGGGGAAUUCUAUUGGGUCAAGGAUAUCAUUCAAGAAUUCGACUAUUUCGCCACAAAAACCGGCUCGAUUAUUGUGCCAACAUGUGGAAUGGACUGCGUAACCAGCGAUCUCUGCGCUUAUCUCGGUUCCAAGACCGUUCAGAGCUCCGUCGACAGCUCGACUACCGCAUGGCACUUCGACGGAACAGCAUCGGGAGGGUCCCUCGCGACAGUGUUCACAAUGCUCGAGGCCGUCCCGCGUGCGAAACGUCGUUGGGCCAUGUCCGAUUACGCUCUGAGCCCCAUCGUGGGUGUGCGCCAAAAGCAGCGGUUCCAACUCGUGCGAAAACUACAUAUACCAUUCAGCGACGAGACGUUGGUGGGCGGAGAGUGGUUCAUGGCCAGCGUCGACAGGGCGAUCGUGCAGCGAACGUGGGGGCUGCUUGAGUAUGAUGCGAUACAGGCGCGGCUGGAAGGAGACACGGAGCGGUUGGAGGCGGCUGAGAAGGCGCGGUACGGCCCUGAGUUCACAUACGACGAGCUGAGGAUCCAGUCGAACGUUCUGGUGGCGGCUGUUGCCUCGCUUAGCUUGGUCUUGGGAUUGAUGAGCCUGAUGAUUUCUCCAAUACGCUUCAUUGUUAAAAAGCUUGUUCGCAAGCCGGGAGAAGGACCUACGGACUCGGAAGUGGAAUUAGGCGGUCUGGACUUGGUCAAUAUUACACGGUCUGGGUCUACGUACGCCAAGACGACGUUUAAAGGCCAUGGGGAUCCGGGAUAUCUUCUUUCCUGCAUCAUGGUGGCAGAAGCGGCGCUAUGUCUUCUUCACCAAGAGACGAUUCGGCCAUUUGCGCGGCGUGGUGGUAUCCUAACUCCAGCUUCAGCUAUGGGAGACGCAUUAGUGGAACGACUGAAUGCGACGGGACGCAUUGAAAUCGAGAGCAUCGUCCUUGGGAGCGGGAAGGACAAUAAGAAGACGAUUUGAGUGGUAACUAUUACAGUUAUGGCCUAUUUGAGCAUCAUCGGACAUGUAUACGAAU